AUGCCCCAAGCCGAUCCCGCGCCCCUUGCAAAGCGAUCCAUCACCUGCCUCAAAGUGGGCGCCACGGCAACAGCAAAGUGGACCAACAGCGCCGGCCAGAGCUGUACCUUCACGGGCGUCGUCGGCAGCAACUACGGCACAAACAGUGCCGGCGGCGAUUACUCAUGCAACGGUCGCUGCGGUGCAGGCUGCACUGGCACUGCGCUCGGCAAUGUCUAUGCUCAGGACUGCUUUUCGCAUGAUAUCUGCUCGUACUUCGAAAAUGCCACUGGUGGCUCCAGCGAUCCCAACUGUGGCGCCGCGUACGAUGCCGCGGUUGACGACACCGUUGGGGGUGUGCUCGCUGGCUGUUCCCAGACCAAUCCGACGAAUGCAGCGAAAGCGCCGACGACGAUGCCAGUCUGCUCGUGA